AAAGAACGCUGUGGUUCAGACUCAAGGCAGCGAGAACGAGAGUCGUGGUCGCAGCGUGUCGUGUGCGGAGAGCAUGCAGACAGCUACCUUCCGAUCGCACAGCAGGUCUGGCGCAGCCACGCAGUCAAAUCCUUCUGCUCGUUCGUAAUUGUCGUCAUAUGAAUCUUGUGCGCUAGAUCUGGACAGCUUUUUGUCGCGGUUGGAGUUUCAUCUAGGGCUACCCUGUGAGUGGUGAAUGGGGUCCGCGGGUGUGGUCUUGACGGAGACGGCCUUCAAUAUGGAGUCGUCAGCUGCUUCGGAUGUAUCUUACCGGGCAGUGGUUUUAGGAGGAACCUUUGAUCGGCUUCAUGAUGGUCAUCGUCUUCUUCUCAAGGCCGCUGCAGAGAUUGCAGAAGAGCGUGUUGUUGUUGGAAUCAGUGACGGGCCCAUGCUCGCAAAGAAAGAGCUGAAACACAUGAUACAACCAAUUGCAGUGAGAAAGAAGGCAGUUGAAGAUUACAUCAAGUCCAUAAAUCCAGCUCUAGAAGUUCAGACGGAGACCAUAUUCGAUCCUUUUGGACCUUCGAUCGUGGAUAAAGACCUCACCGCCAUUGUUGUAAGUAAGGAGACAGUUGCUGGUGCAGACGCGGUCAACCAAAAACGAAAAGAGAGAGGCCUGUCAAGGUUGCAGGUGAUUGUGGUGGAUUUGGUGGUUGACAAAGACGGCUUUGGGGAAGAGAAAUUGAGCUCGACGGAGAUACGAAAGAGGGAAGUUGGUCUGUGAUAUACUCAUCGUCAGGAAUUCCUGUUUCGUAUGGUUGAAAUGAGAUGAGGUGAAACAUUGAAUGUACUCAAUAUGCAUUAGAGAGGUUGAGUACAUUCUUCUGAUAAGGUGACUUGAGCACCAACUCCAGCUAAGAUUCCUACCGUAGAUGUUUAAUUUCAUCUGUUUCCAACCCCAGAUCCAUGUUCACCUCUUCACAAGUGUGAAGUACAAUUUUACGAGAAACUAAAAUUUGAAGACGUGUGUGUCUACUACUUGAUAGGCUUUAGCAGGGGGGAGUCUAAGUUGUAACACUGAUAAGGAUCUAUCUCAUCCGUAUCUGGACAACGAUGGAGCACGUCACAUGAGAACUGGGAACGGGCUCAGCAGAGCCCACGGCGCUGGGCAACUGGACAGAAGGUCUAGAAAACAGUCAAGCGGUGUAUCUUAAUAGUGCCAAGAGAACAAGAACUCGGAAGAACAACUCUGCUAGCUAGACUUGAUGUACUCAAGGAGAGAAGUAUUCUUAUAUGAAGAACGCAUGGUCUAAGAAGCCAUCAGAUACUGGUAAUUAAAAGUAUUAGCUGUUACUUUAUCUGGAUGUCGACACGUCGCUUUCACCAGCAACUGAACAGGUGGAAGAGAAGAUAAGUGAUUUACACCGUGUUCUUUGCUAGUCUAGGGUAAUAUCGUUGGACGAACAUGGUCCUGGUCUGGCAGCUGUUCUUUAUUAACUUUUUUAAUUAAAACACUUUGGUGUACGGCGCUAUGUUUAUUCA